GAGUCAACGGAGGUUACACGAGGGGAUGGACAAAGAACACGAAAGGACUCGAAGGAUCGCAACCGGAGGUUGCGACUGACCGUUACAACUGCAAGAAUGAAUGUCAAACGCUUUAACCCCAGAAUGAGUUCAUUUUUUGACACUGACAGCCUAGGCGAACUAUGCUUGUUACCGGCAGCGCCUGGUAGGCUGUGCCUUGAGCACCAACUUUUCGCGCCAUGCCGCGUCAGAAGGGUCGAACAGAGACCGGGAGCUCUCCAGGCAGGUCUCAGCUGCGGAAAGCUGGCGCAAAUGAUCGCACGCGGAGCCCUGCUCCAGUUAGGGGCGGGCGCGGCGGCGCAAGGGGUGCGGGUGCCGUAAGGGGAGGAAGAGGCCGCGGUGGCGGAAGAGGAAGAGGUGGCGGACGAGGCGGAGAUAGCGGAAGAGGGCGCGGAAGGGAAGGGUACGGCGGCAGAGGGCGGGGAAAUGGCGCGCCAUGGGGACGGGGGAGGGGACGCGCUGGCGGAAGGGGAGGCGGACGGGGCAGAGGCUGGCGCGAUGCUGCAGGGGAGGAGGAUGAUUCGGAUGGGGAGGAUGACGCGGAGGGGGAGAAGGAGGACGAGGAGGAGGAGGAAGGAGGCGUGCGACGUGAGAAGGUCUCGUUAAAGCCGCAGAUCCGCUCCAUCAAACGGCUGCUGGCCAAGGUGGAUCUCCCCCCCGAGGUGCGGCAGCAGCAGGAGGCGAAGCUGGCGGAGCUGCAGCGGCGGGACGAGGAGCGCGUGCGCGCGGAGAAGAGGGCCGCGCUCGCCAGGAAGCUGGGGCAGAAGUAUCGCCUGGGGCGCUUCUACGACCGUGUGCGCAUUUUGCGGCGGAUAAAGCAGCUGGAGAGACGGCUGGAGGAGAUUGACCGAGAAGAGGAGGGUGGAGGAGGGGAGGAGCGUACUGCGGAGAAGGGAGGGGGAGAUAAGAGCGGGGAGGUGGAGGAAGAGGAAGAGGAGGGAGAGGAGGGAGAGGAGGUGGGCGAGGGAACAGAGGAAGCCUCGGGAGGGGGAGAGCGCGAGGAAGGCGAGAGGAUUAAGGAAGGCGAGGAAGGAGAGGAAGCGGAGGUAGCCAAAGAAGAAGGGGAACGGGAGGAGUACGAGGGGGGCACGGACGACGACGAGGAGGAGGAGGGCGAGGGGGGGGAGGGGCAUGGGACGCACGAGGGCGAGAGGGCACGGAGGGAGCGCGUGGUGCUGAGCGACUGCAGAGCCAUGGGGCGAGAGGAGGCACAGAAGGAGCUGCAAGUCUGGAAGGGAUACCUGGACUAUGUCUUGUACUACCCCCUGUGGCGACACUACGUGUCGGUGGUGGUGAACCACGGGUGUGAGCACAGCAACAAGCGGCUGUGGGGGAAGAUCCAGGCGCUCGUGGUGCUGGCGCAGCAGAACAAGCGGGAGGCGGAGGAGAGAAGGCGCCAGGAGGAGGAGGCGAUGAGGGAGGAGCGGAAGAGACGGGAGGAGCGGCUUCGAGUUGCAUCUCUAUUGGACGAUGUGGAAUUGGAGCAAGGGAUUACGGGGAAGAAGAAGGUCGGGGGGAAGAAGGGAGGGGAGAAGAGUGAGAAGGCAGGGAAGGAGAAAGGAGAGAAGGGGAGGGAAGGGGGGGGCGCAGCGACGGGAUUGCUGGGCUCUGGUGGAAUGAACAAGAAGAAAGUGUUUGUAUAUGAGGAUGAGGAGGAGGAUGAGAUGGAGGUGGAUGAGCAGGAAGCGAGGGGGAGGGAAGAGGAGGGAGAGGAGGAGGGAGAAGUGGAGGAUGAGGAGGAAGAGGAGGAAGAAAAGCAGAGCAAGGGUGAAAAUAUGGACGUAUGGAAGAGGAGGAUGUUUGGGGACGGGAUCUUCAGCGUCAGCAGAAAAGGCGCUGGUAAUGACGCGGCUGGGGACGGGGAGGAGGAGGAGGAUGGGGAGGAUGAGGAUGAGGAGGAGGAUGAGGAGGAAGCGAUGUUGAAGGAAUGGGAGAAGUAUGACAGGGAGGCGGGUAGUGAUGACAGUGAUGACUUGGAGGGAUGGGAAGACGAGGGAGGGGGAGGGGGCGAGGGUAGUGAGGAGGGUGAGAAGGGGGAGGAGAGAGAGGAAGGGGAAGCGAGUGAUGAGAGUGGGGAGGAAGGGCAAGAAGGAGGGUGGGAGAGUGGAGAGGAGGAGGAGGAGGAGGAGGAGGAGGAGGAGGAGGAGGAGGAGGAGGAGGAGGAGGAGAUGGAGAAAGAAAGGUAUCUCAAAAGGCUGAAGGGAAUCGCUGGUGUGUCAAGAAGUGCUGGCAAUGGCAUGAUGGAGGGACGAGAGGCGGAGGGCAAAGCGGACACAGAGGAUGAGGAUGAGGAGGAGGAGGAGGAGGAGGAGGUUGAUGAGGAUGGAGGACUGUUUACAGCAGCAGGGAGAGCAGCAGGAGCAGCAGCAGCAGCAGGUGCAUGUGGGUGGGACGAUGAUGACUUCUUCCUCUCCUUGGAUGCUGACGCCAAGGGUGCUGCUGCUGCUGCUGCUGCUGCUGCUGCUGAUGAUGAUGGUGAUGUUGAUGAUGAUGAUGAUGAUGAUGAUGAUGAUGAUGAUGAUGAUGAUGAUGCUGAUGCUGAUUCUGAGGAUGGCGACGCAGGUGGUAGUGAUGCAAUGGAUUAUGAGGAAACGAGGAGGGACGUGCAAAGGAGGAGUGGGGAGGGAAGAGAGGGAGUAGGCAGAGGAGGAGGCAGAAUGGGAGGGGCGAGUGUGCCAGUAGAAAAGAGAGGAGGGAGAGGAGGAAGAGGAGAGAGAGGAGCAAGUGUAGAGAGCGGAGGGAGAGGAGGGAGAAAAGGGAUAGGAGGGACAGGAGAGGGAGGAGGGAGAGGGGAGAGAGGAGGGAUAGGGGGGAGAGGGGAGAGAGGAGGAAGGGCUAGUACUGGCACUUUUGGCAGUGCGGGCGCUAUGGAUGGUAGCAUAGCCACGGGAAAGAGAGCAGUGGAGUCAGGACGAGUGCGGGUGCAGCCCCGAGCAGGGACAGGAGCAGGGACAGGAGCAGGGAGGGGAGUGGGUAGGGGAGCCGGGGAGGGCAGUGGGCGGGGAAGAGGAGGGGAGGGUAGAGGAGGCGGCCGUUAUGGUUCCCGUGGUGGCAGUGGGGGCCGUGGUGGUACUGGGGGCAGAAGCACUGGGGCUGAAAGGAGCAAUGGCGGCGUCAGUACAGACAAGAAGAGCAGAGGUAUUGGGGGUACGGAUCGAGGACGGGGAAGAGGUGCAGCAGCUUCAGCAACUGGUGCCGGUGCUGGUGUUGUUGGUGCUGGUGGUGGCGCUGGUGGUGGUUCCUGUGCGGGUGGUGUUGGUGGUGGUGGUGGUGGUAGUGGUGGGGGAGCGAAGGUAUUGCUACCAGCCAAGGGGUCGACACGGCUCGUGGAAGGCAUGGAAGGGGAGCGGAUGAAGAGGAAGAGAAAGAGGCAGAAGAAGUAGGGAAAGGAGAGGUACUGGUGGUAGGUAGGUAGUACUGGUAGUGGAGGCCAGGGGGUGGGAGCUGCUGCACUGUGGCUUGUAGUGUAGGGUCAUGGCGUGAGCAAAAUUCAGGUGGAGAUUGUAAUGGGAUUGAGAUUGAUGUACUACCAGUACCUAGCUUUUUUUCACUACGGGCAUGUGAAGUUAUGUGCUACACUCUAGCUAAUGCACUGU